CUACUUAUCCAGAAUUUAUUAUAUACUUUUUAAGGUCUCCAAUGGGUCCCUACUUUUUCAGUAACGAGAUGAUCUCCUCGAUAAUGAAAAUAUAAUUUGAAAUAUUUAGUCUCGGCACAUGUUACUACACUUAAAUUCUUAUGAUUUCGAAACCACACGCGACAUCGUUGUGACUUGGUCCACGCGCGACGACACUAAAGCGUCCAUCUGCGAAUAUGGCCUUGAAACGUUUGAGUUUGUGCAAAAGGCAACAGAGCCACCAAAAAAGUUUGUGGAUGGCGGCAGCGCGCACAGCGUACAAUACAUACAUCGCGUGACUUUGUCUAAUUUGCAACCAGAAAAGCGUUAUAUUUACCAUUGUGGCAGCAAGCUUGGCUGGUCGCCACAAUUUUGGUUCCGCACACCACCGACGCAUGCGGAUUGGUCGCCCACACUAGCGAUAUACGGUGAUUUGGGCAAUGAGAAUGCGCAGUCUUUGCCGCGCUUGCAGCAGGACACGCAACGCGACAUGUACGAUGCCAUUUUGCACGUGGGCGAUUUCGCUUACGAUAUGCAUUCAGAGAAUGCCGCCGUUGGCGAUGAGUUCAUGCGCCAAGUGGAGGCCAUAGCAGCUUAUGUACCGUAUAUGGUGUGUGCGGGCAAUCACGAGCAGACCUACAAUUUUUCGAAUUAUCGCGCGCGCUUUAAUAUGCCCGGCGGCACGGAGAAUCUAUUCUAUAGCUUCGAUUUGGGUCCCAUACACUUUGUGGCCUUCUCAACCGAGCUCUACUACUUUCUCCACUACGGCUUGAAGAGUUUAGUUUCGCAGUACGAGUGGCUGGUGCGUGACUUAGAGACGGCGAAUCGACCAGAGAACCGCAAAACACGUCCUUGGAUAAUAACCUUUGCACAUCGUCCGAUGUAUUGUAGUAAUGACAACGGUGAUGACUGUUCCAAGCAUGAAACGGUUGUGCGCGCUGGUUUGCCGGUAUUGCAUAUGUUCGGCCUGGAGAAACUGUUCUAUGAGCAGGGCGUCGAUGUCGCGAUAUGGGCGCAUGAACAUUGCUAUGAGCGUUUGUGGCCCAUCUAUGAUUACAAAGUGUUUAAUGGCUCACUGACCGCGCCUUAUCGCAAUCCACGUGCGCCUGUGCACAUUAUAACCGGUUCGGCGGGUAAUAAGGAGGGGCGUGAGCCCUUCUUUAAAGUGAUGCCCAAGUGGAGCGCAUUUCAUAGUCAGGAUUUCGGUUAUACUCGUCUCAAGGCGCACAACGACACACAUUUGUACUUUGAACAGGUGUCCGAUGACAAGGAUGGGCAGAUUAUUGAUGCAUUCUGGGUUGUCAAGGACAAGCAUGGCAGUUAUGUCGAGGAGUAAACGUUUAAAAGGACAUGAGAAAUAGCAAUAACAAUAAUAAUAACGAUAAAAGCAAUCUCUAACCUCAAAAUAUUACACAUUCGUAUUUUUUUUUUAUAUAUUUAUGCAUUUUAUGACAAAAAUUAUCAAAAUAUACUUAAAUAUUGCAAAAUAUGCAUUCCAUUAUUAUAUAAAAAUUUUUAUACAAAAAUUAAAAACAUUAAACGAUGGCUGUGUGAAGAUUUGCUUUGUAAGUGAAAAUUCAAAAAUAAAAAU